AUGGGGGACAUUAUUGCUGAGGAUCUUCAUGGUAUUCUAGGUGUCGUCUCAAUGCUUUUUUUAUCAUUGCAACAAAAGCUACAUAUUGCAUUGGCGCUGUUGUCUUUAACGGCGGGAAGUGCUGGGGUUGCAAUAGCAGAUGUUACUGUUGAUGCAUGUGUGGCACAGAAUAGUGGUAGUCAUCCCUCUCUUGCAGCUGACAUGCAAAGUUUAUGCGCUUUGAGUUCUUCUAUUGGAGCACUGAUGGGGUUUGCUUUAAGUGGUAUCUUUGUUUACUUGAUUGGCCCAAUGGGGGUCUAUGGCUUGCUGGCAGUUCCAUUUGGGCUUGUAUUUUUAGUUGGCAUAGUGCUUAAGGAGCCCUAUAUGCCCAACUUUUCUUACAGACAGGUGAACCAGAAAUUUCUUGAUGCUGGUAAGGCUAUGUGGAGAACAAUAAAAUGCCCAGAUGUGUGGAGACCAUGUUUAUAUAUGUACCUGUCCCUUGCAUUGAGUUUGAAUAUUGGUGAAGGGAUGUUCUACUGGUACACGGAUUCAAAGGAAGGACCAACAUUCUCUAAGGAGGCUGUUGGCUACAUACUCGCAAUUGGAUCAGUUGGCGCUCUUUUGGGGGCCAUACUUUACCAGUAUGGUCUAAAAGACCAUUCUUUUAGGGAUCUAUGCUUCUGGACUCAGUUGCUCUUUGGUCUAUCAGGAAUGUUGGAUUUGAUGUUGGUUCUACGAUUGAAUAUGAAAAUUGGCAUACCUGAUUAUUUCUUUGUGGUGAUCGAUGAAAGUGUCUCUCAAAUGAUCGGACGGCUCAAAUGGAUGCCCCUUCUUGUCCUCAGUUCCAAGCUUUGUCCCUCUGGCAUUGAGGGCACUUUCUUUGCCUUGCUUAUGUCAAUUGAUAAUGUCGGACUUCUCUCAUCUUCAUGGGGAGGGGGCUUACUACUGCAUGUUUUGAAGGUUACAAGGACACAAUUUGAUAAUCUCUGGCUAGCCAUUUUGAUCCGAAACAUAAUGAGAGUUACACCACUUUGUCUGCUAUUUUUGGUGCCAAGAAGUGAUCCUAACUCUACUAUUCUUCCAGCUGAAGUAGUAGAAACAAAGGAAGGUACUGAAACUACAGAAACUGACAACAUAGAACUUGCAUCCCUUGUUACCAGCAUUGAUGAAAGAUAG